AAUUAAUAAAAAAAUAAAAGGAUUAUUUGAAAACACUUUUAUUUUAAUAAAUUUAAAUUAAAUAGCAGAAAAGAACCUAAAUUUUCAUCCAAAGAUAUAAAAAAAAGAAAAAAAAAGUCAUUAUAAAGGAUAAUAUGGAAAUACUUAAUAGCAGAAAUUCUUAAAAACUCUCAGAGUAGGAGAUAUUUUUGCUAGAUAACUAUAAAAAAUGUCCUUUGCAUCCUUCUAGAUAGCUUAUUUUUAUUAGCAUAGAAGCUGAUCAAAAGCAUUGCUUAAAAUGUGCUGAUUGCAUUUCAUUUCAAUUCAGCAAAAAUACAAUUCCUUUAAUUAGCUUAAUUGAGAGUAAAAAAAAUACCAUUUUCAAAGGUUGGCCUAUUUUAGAUGACUAACAAAUAUACUAGUAACUGAUUGAAGUCUCUUCAAAAGAGUCUUUUGUAGAAGAAUCUCAAAAAAAAAUUUAUAAAUUUUUUAAAGAGCUUCGUUCUAGCAUUGACUUUGCCAUCCAAUAAAAAGAGUUAGAAAUGCUUUAGCAAGCUGAAUUUAUGUGGGACAAUAAUCUAAAAAUAAUUGAAGAGUAUAAUAUACAUUCAUGCAAAUAAGAAUUAAAAGAUAUCAUCUUAAAUAAAUUUCAUAAUUUUGAAGAAUUGAAUGAAUUAAUUAAAGAUAUUAUUUGCAAAACAAUUAAAAACUAAGAUAUUUUAAAAUAAAAAAUAAAUGAUUAGCUCUCCACUUUAAAUAACUAACAAAAUCACAUCAACUUAUCAAUACCCAGUUAAAUUAAGGACUGUAUCCUAAAAUAUAUUAGAGAUAUAGAUCUCUUUGUUAUUAAAUAAUUUGAGGAUGUUUAAAAUAAAAAAAUCUUACAGAAUUUAAAUUUUUAUAAAAAUGAUUUGAAUAAAAUUCAACCAUAAAACAUGACUGCGAGUUAAAUAAUAGUGAAAUUAAUUAACAACAAAUUCAAUUUUUGCUCAGAAGAAUUGAUUUAAAAAUUGAAUUUUAUUAUAGCUAGUUUAGCUAAUUACAUAGACAAUUUCCAAAUUAAAGACAGCAUUAAUUAAGAGCUGCUCAAUUUGGAUAAAUUACCAUAAAAUUCUCUUUAAAAUAUUUCAGAUUUGAUUAAAUUUGAACUUGAAGAAAUAAAUUUACAAGCAAGAAAUGACUUAUCAAAACACACCUUAGAAAAUCUUAAUAGGAUUAUUUAAAAUUUGUAAUUCAAGAUUGAAUAAAACAAAAAAUGUGAACAAUCAUAACCUAUAAAGCUCAAAAAAAUAGAAGAUCUAAAAAGCUAUAAUACCAAUAAAUUUGUUGAAAUGGAUUUAAGUUAACUUAAUGGAAGUGAUUUAGGAUAAGAUUAAGCAAAUGAAUUUGAAAAAAACCUAGAAAAAUGUGAAAAUCUAACUAACUUCUCUAUUAACUUAAGCAAUCCCAACAUCUAAAAAGAAUAAAUAGUCAGUUUAUUAAAGAGUUUAACAAAGUUAAAAUAAAUUCAGUCUUUAAAAAUUGACUUAAGUUAAAAUAAAAUUGGGGACUCUAUUUAAUCUCUAUAACAAAGUUUAGUAGUUUUGCAAAAAAUUAACUAACUGGAUAUAAAUUUGUUGAGUAAUAGUUUAGAAUAAGAACAAGCCUUGAAUAUUGCAAAAAUAUUUGAAAAACUUCAAAAUAUUUCAAAUCUCUCUUUAAAUUUAAGCUAAAAUAAUAUUGGAACAGAAGGUGUUAAAAGCAUAACACUUGGUUUAGAAAAAUUGAGUGAUUUAACAUAAUUGAAAUUAUACUUAUAAUCAAACAAAAUCAGUGCCGAAGGUGCUAAGUAUAUAUCUAUGAGUCUAUAAAAAAAUUAUAAUUUAGUAUCUUUGAGUCUCAAUUUAUAGUAAAACCAUCUGUUAUAAGAAGGAGCAAAAUAUAUUGGGAUCAGUUUAGAGAAGUGCCAAAAUUUGACUCAAUUAAAUCUUAAUCUAUCGUAAAAUAAUAUCCAAGCAGAAGGAGCUAAGUAUAUAGCUAUGAGCUUAGAAAAAUGCUAAAAAAUAACUUCCUUACAAUUAAAUUUAGAACAAAAUAAUAUUUUGGCAUAAGGGGCUAAGUAUAUUCGAUAAAGCCUUGAAAAAUUGUAAAAUAUAACAUCUCUAUAUUUGGGUUUGUAAAUGAACAAUUUAAAUGCCGAAGGAGCUAAAAAUUUAGGAAUGGGUUUAGAAAAAUGUUAAAAUUUAACUUGUUUAGAACUAAAUUUGCAAUAAAAUAAUAUUCUAGCAGAAGGAGCUAAAAAUAUUGGGCUUGGUUUGGAAAAGUGCUAAAAUAUCACUAAUUUAUGUUUGAAUUUGGACUUUAAUUAAAUAGGAGCCGAAGGUGCUAAAUAUAUUGGUUUUAUUCUAGAGAAGUGUCAAAAUAUUACAACUUUAAAGUUAUUGUUAUAAUCCAACAAUUUAUAGGCAGAUGGAACAAAAAAUUUAUCAUUCAGCUUAGAAAAAUGUUAAAAUAUUUAACAAAUUUAUCUAAAUUUAAAAGAUAAUAAUUUUGGUAUUGAUGGAGCUAAGUACAUAGGGUUUUGGCUUGAGAAAUGUUAAAACAUGAAUUCAAUAGCACUUAAACUAAAUUUUAAUUAAAUAGGUUAAGAAGGAGCUAAUAGCCUUUCUUAUAGUUUACAAAAGUGUCCUAACAUAAAACAAUUAAAUCUUAAUUUAUAUAACAAUAAUCUUGGAGCUCAAGGAGCUAUUUCCAUAGCUUCAGGUUUAAAAAAAUGUCAUAAUAUUACAUCACUUAGUUUAAAUUUAGGAAAUAAUUCUUUAGGCUCUGAAGGAGCGAAGGGUAUAGUUGAAAGUAUCUAAAAGCUCAAUAAUCUAUAGAAAUUAAGUCUUGGACUUGAAUUAAAUUAAAUUGGUUUGCAAGGUACAAAGAAUAUAGCAAGUAACCUUUCAAAAUGCUAGAAAAUAACAAGAUUAAGUCUAAAUCUUGAUAAUAAUUAAAUUGGAGUCGAGAGUAUAAUAGCCAUUAAACAGAGCAUAUAAAUGCAGAAAGAUCUUUCUUUUUUAAAACUGAGCAUCAGAUAAAAUGGAAUAGAUGUUAGAGAAGCAGAAAAUUUUAGAAAAACUGGAGUCGAUUGUUUGUCUUAGAAAUUGAAUGACUUUAUAUUAAAUUAUUGAAUUUAUUUGUGUUGAGU